AUGGCCAAUUCACUGAUUAGGAUUGUAUGGUCUCCUCUUAUUAACACUCUUAAUUGGGCCGUCCAUCGUCAUCUCUUCUAUCCUGAUGCGGAUGCCCUAAGGGAGAGAUUCGAGGCCAACCGAAAAGUGGAAGAUAUUGAAACUAUUGAUAGACUUAUAGCCGAUGGUGAAGCAUCCUAUAAUAAGUGGCGGCACCCUGACCCUUAUGUCGUUCCGUGGGCACCUGGUGGUUCCAAGUUCAACAGAAAUCCAGUUCCGCCAGAAGGGAUUGAGAUAGUGUAUGACUAUGGCAAGGAAGAGGCUGAACUAGUAUGAUGUUCUCCCAUGAAAUGAAUAAAAGAUUCAGAAAGUGCAGGCAUGGAGGGAGAGUCGCAUCCAAUCUCGUCUUCUUUUUUUAGUGACUACAUCUGCUUCGCUAACUUUGAACAAUGAGACGUUAAAUAUGUUUUCUGGUUUGAGUUUAGAGAAAUGGGAAUUGGCAUGGCAUGAUGCUUGCCUUAAUUUGACCGUUCAGCAGUUGUGAGCUGCAAACCAAGAAUUGCAAAAAUAAAUGUCAGAUUUUGAAUUUGAAAUAGAUAAAUGUGAGGAUUUGUUUGGAUUGCAA